AUGCAUCGAUCGAUCUGCUCACAAAUAUUGUGCUUGAAAUGGUUCAAAUCACCGCAGGAAGAAGUCUUCACGUCAGAUAGCAAAGUAUCAAUAAUGGAUAUGCCAGAUUUAGUGAUGAGAAAGAUUUUGGGCAAUGUCGGCUUUACAACCAUUAUGAAACUCCGAAAAGUGUGUCACGCAUUCCGAAACUUCAUUGACGAUUCAAAACUGAAUUAUGGGUUGACUCAAGUGAAUGUCUGGGUUCAACCAUCUUUAAUCCGUGUGGUAAUGUUUCGGUCAUCUGCCAAUACCAUCAUAUUGAAUUACGCGAAAUACGCGACGAGCAGUUUGGUGAAUAUAACUGAAUCGGAUAGAAGAUCUCAGAGCAAUCUUGAGACACCAACGACUGAUUUCGAUGAGAGUGGAACUAGAGAGAGUCAACUGGAAAGUCUUAUCUUCACUGCUUUACACUGA